UAAAAAAAUUGGCUACUAAAAAAUUUCAGUAUAUGGUGUGCCUGAGACGUAGUUAAAUUAACCGUAUAGCAAAGACAAUAAUUAUGCUCUGUAUUCAUGAAAAAGAAACAAGAACUUUCAAUAAAAGUUCAUAAUUCUACUUUGUUUAUAUAACUCAUGUGAUCAAUGCUAUGAAUACUAUUUCACCAUAGAGAUGCUGUGUAAGGCAGUUCUGCUUUUUUUUGUUUUCCUACCAAAACGUACUGAGCAAUGUACAGAGAGGUUUAUGGAGCUACCACUAGUGACAUACAGAGCACAGAGAAUAGGAAUGACUGUAUCUCAAACCUUUGUGGGUAGUAAUAGACUGAGAGUCCUUCAAGAGUAUCAGUUCAAUUGUUCAUCCACUAAUAUAACCAGUCUUAUAUUGGGUAUUGAUAUAAGGGAAGCUACUAAUAGUCGUAAUCUCUAUCCCAGUGUCCAGGUCUUUAGACCUAAUGGUAGUCUAGUGACUGGUAGUGAGAGAGCUAUUUAUUAUUCUACCUCUAAUGUCAGUACUAGUGGAGUGUUUGAAUAUCCCCUCAAUCCUCCUAUACCAGUAAUGAGUGGAGACCUCAAAUAG